AUGGAUUUGGUAGCAAAAGGAGACGAUUUGGAGAAGAAAGCAGAGAAGAAACUGAACGGUUGGGGUAUUUUCGGUUCCAAAUAUGAAGACGCCGCCGAUCUCUUCGACAAAGCUGCAAAUAAUUACAAGCUCGCUAAAUCCUGGGAAAAAGCUGGAUCAGCGUUUGUCAAGCUGGCACAAUGUCAUUUGAAGCUGGAUAGCAAACAUGAAGCUGCCUCGGCUUAUGUUGAUGCUGCUCAUAGUUACAAGAAAACAUCCACUAGUGAGGCAAUAUCUUGCUUAGUUCAGGCUGUAGAUAUGUUUUGCGAUAUAGGAAGGAUCAGUAUGGCUGCAAGAUAUCUUAAGGAAGUUGCUGAGUUGUAUGAGUCCGAUGCAAAUAUUGAGAAAUCUAUGGAAUUUUACGAGAAGGCUGCUGAUUUCUUCCAAAAUGAAGAUGUAACAACUUCUGCCAACCAAUGCAAGCAGAAAGUUGCAGAAUUUGCUGCUCAGCUAGAACAAUACCAGACUUCGGUUGACAUUUAUGAAGAGAUAGCCCGGCAAUCGCUUAAAAGUAAUUUACUGAAGUAUGGAGUCAAAGGUCAUCUUCUUAAUGCUGGCCUUUGCCAUCUCUGCAAAGGCGAUGUUGUUGCAAUUACCAAUGCAUUGGAGCGAUAUCAGGAAAUGGAUCCAACUUUUUCAGGAACUCGUGAAUAUAAAUUGCUAGUGGAUAUUGCUGCUGCCAUUGAUGAGGAAGAUGUUGCAAAGUUCACUGAUGUUGUCAAGGAAUUUGAUAGCAUGACACCACUGGAUUCCUGGAAGACAACCCUUCUAUUGAGGGUGAAAGAGAAGCUGAAAGCUAAAGAACUAGAGGAGGAUGACCUCACCUAA